AUGGCUGGUGGUAGUAUAACUGAAGCAAUCACUCAACCAAUCAACGACCAAUUGCACAAAGCAGCAGACAAAGUCACUUCUGGCGGCAGUGGCAGUGGCAGUGGCAGUCCAACCACAUCUUCCAAAAAGGGUGGAAUUGUCGAAUUCACCCCUGAAUACUACGCUGCUUGUACAUUGGGUGGUAUCAUUGCUUGUGGUCCAACUCAUUCAGCAGUCACUCCCUUGGACUUGGUCAAGUGUCGUCGUCAAGUGGAUGGCCACUUGUACAAGUCCAACAUCCAAGGAUGGAAAACCAUUCUUAAAACCAAAGGUGAUUCCAUCUUCACUGGUGUUGGCGCUACAUUUAUCGGUUACUCAUUCCAAGGUGCUGGUAAAUAUGGAUUUUAUGAAUUUUUCAAAAAGACAUAUAGUGACCUUGUUGGACCCAAAUGGGCCAAUGAUUACAAGACUGGUGUGUUUUUAGCUGCUUCUGCCUCGGCUGAAUUCUUGGCUGAUAUCGCCUUGUGUCCAUUUGAAACUAUUAAAGUCAAGACCCAAACUACAAUCCCACCCUAUGCCAGUUCAGUGUGGGAUGGAUGGAGCAAGAUUGUCAAGCAAGAAGGAUUCGGUGGCUUGUACAAGGGUAUUGUCCCAUUAUGGUGUAGACAGAUCCCAUACACAAUGGUUAAAUUUGCCAGUUUUGAAAAUAUCGUCAAUGGUAUCUACAGUUAUUUGGGACAUCCUAAAUCUCACUAUAAUUCAUUGCAACAAACUGGUGUUUCGUUCACUGGUGGUUAUUUGGCUGGUAUCUUGUGUGCUAUUGUGUCUCAUCCUGCUGAUGUCAUGGUGUCCAAGAUUAAUUCUGAUAAGAAACCAGGUGAAACCACUGGACAAGCUUUGGGUAGAAUUUAUCAAAAGAUUGGAUUUGCUGGAUUGUGGAAUGGGUUGCCGGUGAGAAUCUUUAUGAUUGGUACUUUGACCGGUUUCCAAUGGUUGAUUUACGAUUCGUUCAAGGUGUAUGUUGGUUUACCAACCACCGGUGGUCAUUAG